UGGUGAUUUUUUAAGCAACGAUGACAUAAUAUAAGUUUAUAAUUUAAAAUUUAACACGUGGUCCAGAAGUCGUAUUUAACACAUCUUGUUUGAGAAUCUAUUUACAACAGUACGUACCCAUUCAUUAUAGCUCAACUCUCUUGUUUACAUUAACUGUUUAUGCACAUUGUGAUUCACGUGAAGGAUAUAGCCUCCAGCAGCCACACAAGACUUGCAAAAUAGCAUGCAAAGGUGUAGCAGGAGCACUAUCUUUGUAUAAAUCAUUACAUAUUGUUGAUUCUGUUGCAUUCUCUUACAACAAAUCCCGAAACUCUAUCAUUUCAUAUUUCACCAUAGACGGAAUGGACAGUUUAUUCUUGAUUAGAGGUUGUGCUUUAAUUUUUAGUGUUUUAUAUCAACUGAAUCUAUCUCAAGCGCAAGCAAACAUCUAUAACGAAUAUGAAAUAACUCUUUUUGCAACGAGGAAAACUUUCGCUGAUGCUCGGACAGAUUGCCAGAGAAGAAAUGGCGACUUGAUAAUUAUUGGAGAUGCCCAAACCCAAGCAUUCAUCGCACCUUUAUUGGAUUCAAGUAUUCCUGUUUGGGAUAAUGAUGCUUUUUUUGUUGGUUACUGGAUCGGUGGUCAACGUUUAGCAGAUGGCUGGAAGUGGGUGAACGGAAGCACAUUACCGUUACCCAGCUCUACUAGUGGUUUAUACAAAAACUGGUUUGGUGUUGAGCCUAAUGCACCUUCGAGCGAACAUGCAUGUGUAGCAAUGACACCUUACACUAAUACGGGUGGUUACGGAAAUACUAAAGGAGGUUGGGUGGAUGACGUUUGUACAAAUACGAAGUACUAUGUGUGUCAGAGAGAUUUGUGUUCUUCGUCACCUUGUCUAAACGGUGGAACAUGCAGCAGAGGACCCAAUGCAUAUACUUGCUUUUGUCCACUUGGAUAUACUGGUAGAAACUGUGAAAUAGCCUCCCAGCAACAACAAUGCAGAUAUGUGUGCGAAGAUACAGUGCCAUGUAACAACAACCAUAGACACAAAGGAGAAAAAGGAGAGACAGGAUUUCCCGGAAAGGCUGGACCUAGGGGUGAAAAGGGACCACAGGGGGUCGGACUUCCACAAACGUUAUCGGAAAAUUUAACAUCAAGACUUACGGAGCUGGAACUUAAAGUCGAAACAUUGCAAACAUUGCUUCUACCCGUAUCGUGCGCGAUGACGUCACAAGUCGGGUAUCAAAUGAUGAGGUCACGACGAAUGAAGUAUUGCGACGGAGGGUGGGAGGUCUUCCAGCGCAGAUAUGAUGGGAGUGAAGACUUUCAACGCAACUGGGAAGAUUACAAAGUCGGGUUCGGAAAUAAGUCUGGAGAAUUCUGGUUAGGUCUCGAGGCAUUGCAUCAAAUGACGCGGCGCAGUGGGUGCAGACUAAGAGUGGACAUUUGGGACUAUAGCGAAGAUCACGCGUUCGCAGAAUACAGUGAGUUUUCAAUUGGAGACGAAGCCAGUUUAUAUCGUUUAUAUAUCGAUGGUUGGAGUGGAACAUCUGGUGACAGCAUGACGCAACACAACAAUCUGCCAUUCUCUACCAUUGACCGUGAUAACGAUUCGCAUGCUAGAAGAUGCACAACUGAUGUACAUGGACCAUCUGGAGGGUGGUGGUUUGCAGGUUGUUAUCAUGCUCAGCUGAAUGCAGAGUGGGGUCGCUCCAGUGCAAAUUGGUUUAACAAUGUUUGGCAUUCGUGGAAAGGCAGUUCAACUGCAAUAAAAGCUUCUCAUAUGAAGAUUAGAUGUGACUAACGGGAGUUACUACUGGCUUUACCCAAAGAUUUUAGGAUGGGGGGAGAUGGGACAACUUGUUAUUCUGACUUCUCGUCCCAUUUGAUAGUAAACAAAGAACAUUCAAAGUAAUACGAAACUGUUUCCACACGACCCCAUAGACCGUUUUUAUAAAUAUUUAAAACAUGAUCAGAAUAUUUCGAUAUUAUGUGCUAAAGGUGUGCUAUCUUCUCCCACCCUUUUAUUUGUAUUAUGCUUGUUGCUUUAACGUGCGUGUUAGAAAUGCUUGGGGGAAUAAAAAUAAUGUAUGUA